GCGAUCAGCUCGUGCGGAUCCUCCAACCUGCACAAUUGAAGCGCUUUGCCUGCAUUUCCACUCAAUAGAGCCGCUGCAAAAACACCAUCAAACGCCAUUUUCAAUGAAAAGACAUGGAGCGGCCGGACAGCGAAUACUGCAGCUUUGAAAACCCGCUGAUCAGCGAGAUGAAGCAUUUCUGCAAGAAGAUACAAGAAGCCUGCAACGAGCUGAAGGAGGAUCUGACGCCGUACAAAAACGAGCGGUUCUACAGGUUGGCCCCCAUGCGUCUCUACACUCUCUCUAAGAGGCACUUUGUUCUGGUGUUCGUGGUUUUCUUCUUCUGCUUCGGUGUCUCUACCCUCAUCGGUGUGUCAGGACCGAAGAUCAUCAGUGAGAAUUAUCACAACGGUUUAAGCAUCAGUGUCAAUGGAUCAAAGACCGGCCCGUUCGACCUCCAAUCUCAGCCGCUGUCCAACUACAACCAGCAGCUCUGGCUGACAUGCAUCAUUCAGCUCAACAACAACCUUGUAGAUCUGGGUUUGAGAGAGUUCGGGAUGAACGUGGAGCUGCAGGGCGUGAUGCAGGACGCCAGCGUGAUGCGCAUCAGCGACACUGUGCACAACAAAAACAGAAGCCUUCACUGCGCCGCGCAUCAGCAGGCGUGUGAUGAGAUCAUCGUGUUGCAUCUGGGUUACCUGAACUAUACGCAGUACAAGAUCAACGUCAGCUUCAGGAACCUACAGGACGACCUGAAGGACAACAUUAAAAAUGUCACUUUUGUUUUUAAGAUGUACAACGCCACGUUCUCUCAGGUGGAGAUUUGGUUCCGGUUUGUGUUUGUAGUGAUGACCUUCAUAGUGACGUGUAUGUUUGCGCACUCGUUGCGGAAGUUCUCCAUGAGGGAUUGGGGAAUCGAGCAGAAGUGGAUGUCGAUUCUCCUUCCUCUGCUGCUGCUCUAUAACGAUCCCUUCUUCCCGCUGUCGUUCCUGGUGAACAGCUGGUUUCCGGGAACGCUGGACGCGUUCUUCCAGGCUCUGUUUCUGUGUGCGCUGCUGCUCUUCUGGCUGUGUGUGUAUCACGGCAUCAGAGUGCAGGGCGAGAGGAAGUUCUUGACGUUUUACCUGCCCAAGCUGAUCAUCGUAGGACUGUUGUGGCUAUCGGCCGUCACGCUGGGAAUCUGGCAAACGGUGAAUGAGCUGCAGGACCCCACGUAUCAGUACAAAGUGGACAUCCAGAACUUCCAGGGCAUGAAGAUCUUCUUCCUGCUGGUGGUGUGUUUGUAUGUUCUGUAUCUGGUGUUUCUGGUGGUGCGCGCCUGCUCUGAGCUGAAGAACAUGCCGUACACAGAUCUGCGGCUGAAGUUUCUGACAGCGCUGACGUUGGUGGUGCUGAUGAUCAGUGUGGUCAUACUGUACCUGAGAUUCGGCUCCAAGGCCUUGCAAGACAACUUUGUUGCUGAACUUUCCACCCACUACCAGAAUUCAGCUGAAUUUCUUUCCUUCUACGGCCUCCUGAACUUCUAUCUCUACACGUUAGCGUUUGUCUACUCGCCCUCCAAAAACGCUCUCUACGAUUCCCAACUGAAAGACAAUCCUGCCUUCUCCAUGCUCAAUGACUCGGAUGAUGAAGUCAUUUACGGGAGCGAUUAUGAAGAAAUGCCUCUUCAAAAUGGCCGCGCCAUCAAAGCCACCGCCAAAUACCAGGAUGAGAGCGAAAGCGACUGAACUGAGUGUGAAUCUGGUGUGACUCCGGAUCGCUCCUGUAUAUUUGAGGGAUGUAUAUAGACUUACUGUUGAAAUGAUGCCAGUGUCAUUAUAUACUGUGUGUAAAUAUACAGGCCGAUAUAUUUUUAAAGGUGAAGUGGUGUUUUUGAAUGUAACUCCAGCCGCCCUGAUGAUGAUGAUGAUGUUUUUUGAAGGUCAGUCUUUAACCUCAGUGAGUGUCAGUGAAGGGCAGCGUGCAAAUAUCAACUGUACAUCUAAUCUAAAUACUGUUGAACCACUACUGUCACGAAGAAACGGCCAGAUUAUAUUUCACCUCUAAACUAAAGGAGGAAAAGUAAGAAUGUAUAUUUUUUUGAGGGGGGGAAAAAAAGCCUUUUUUUGGGCGGGGGUAAGGGGGAUUAUGACAUAAUUAAGCACUAUGAUCUAAUUAACAUCAGUAAACAUUAAAUUCAGUAACACAAAUGUGUACUUUAAAAAAAAAAAUGUUUAAGUUCAAAAAAAUAUAUUUUGUUCCUUUUGCAGUGCACUUAAAUGUGUUUAAUUGUCAUGAAACUACAAGAAUAUUAAGGUCCAAACAAUUUCUUCUUAAUGCAUAACAUUAUUUAAAUGUUUUUUUAUGCUUUUUGGAGUGAAAUAUGACCUGGACGCUUCAUGUGAUUCGCCCUCAGACUGUGAGAGGAAGGUUUUCUGCUGAUUUCUGGCUUGUUUGCAUCACUUUGCCAGUAUAGAGAUCUCAUGUGAAUUUCUUUCAGUCAUUUUUGAUGAUGAAAUCAAGCCUUGUGUUUUUUUUUGUUUUACAUUCCAAAAGCCUUCUUUUCUCACAUUCCUUUUUUUUUUUUUAUUGUGCCUGUAAACAAUUUCUCUCGCCGUCUUUGUGUAUUUAUUGUUUUGUGGGUCUGAAUCACUUACUGAAAUCAUCAGGUUUCCCAUCAGGUCUGUGUAAACGGCUUGUUUUGAGCACUGUUCGUUCACUUCAUUGUCUUAAUUUGAGCUGUAAUGAUAUUUGAAGGUCUUUACAGAUGUACAUUUACUUGAGUUUAAGAACGGUGGUGGAUGUUUUGAUGCAAUGUCCCAGAAGCACUGCAUCAUUAGUGUUAUGAUGAUGUCAGAGGUCAUUCCUCAGUCCAAACACUCCUGAGGACAAACUCAAGGCAGAGAUUGCACUGUUGUGAAAACUGUCUGAGAGAAUAAAACGUGCUGAAAUUUUUAA